AUGACUGGAACCCCAUUCCCAGCCGAUAUGAUCGCCUUAUUGCGUUGGAUGACUUCCUGCUUGGGGGGAACCCUCGUACCUAUGGGUACAGGCACACGGUUAGGAAUGAGCGCCAGAGUGCAGAUGGAUCAGCUGUUCGAUAGAUAUUGUAGCCUUGACGACAGAAAAGCAAAGAAGUCAAGGAACGAAGCUGCUUCUCUAAUAACCCCGUUGAAUAGGAGGGCGAAGGCUUUUUCAAAAAGUUUGAUAGAGGUGGGCUUCGACCUUCUUAGGAAGAGCCGUACGAGGCAGCUCACGUACGGUUCGGGAGCCGAGCCACCGCACAGGGGCUUAGGUCAACACUUAUAUAUUAGCCAGUCAUCAAUUGGAAGCUUCAUGCCACGACGAUCUAUAUGGAAGGGAAGUUUUGUUGAUGCUUUCCUGUUGAGAAUGAAGAAGAAGAGAGAUCUUCUUUUGAGCAGGAAAAUUUGGUCACGUAGAUCUUCUAUUUCGCCGGAAUUCGUUGAUUGCUCCGUACUCAUUUACAAUGGAAAAACUCCUGUUCGUUGUAAGAUCACUGAAGGAAAAGUUGGUCAUAAAUUUGGAGAGUUUGCUUCUACACGGAAACGAAGACCUUCGAGAACUUUUAAAGGAAAGGGAAGAAAGGGGAAAAGGUAAAGUCUAAGCGCAUAUGGCACGAAAAGGAAAUCCGAUUUCGGUAAGACUU